AUGGAAGAUAUAAUUAAACAGUUAACUAUAACUAACCAAGUAGAACGAUGGGUUCGACGAGCUUUGGAUAAAGGAGUUGGAGGAUUACGUGAGGAGUUUCUAACUUUGAAACGCUAUACUCCAGAAGGUAUGACUACUCAUGCAUUCCAAGGCACUUUUGAAGCCGGAAAAUCACGAUACAAAGAUGUCCCAUGCCAAGAUAAAUAUCGUGUCAUUCUUCGAUGGCCUGGUGUUACAGAGGAUUACAUUCAUGCUAAUUACGUUGCAACACCAAUAAAUGAGAAGCGCUUCAUUUGCACUCAAGUAUCAGAUCAUUUGAUCAUUUUCGUAAUGCCAAUUAUAAUUGAAAAUAUUUCGAAAUUUUCAAAUAUAAAGUUUAUAAAAUCUUAA